AUGGAGGACCUGCUGGUGGGGGAGGGCGAGAGGCUGAGGAUGGAGGGAGAGGUGGGGGCAGGGAAAGGCACAGUGACCUCAUCAGCCACCCCUGGGGUGCGGCUCCCGAGCCCCCGCCCAGCCCGGCCCGCCUAUAUCCCCAGGCUCGCGCUGCUCCCAGCAGAAGCUGGAGAGAUGGCACUGCAGUUUGAAGCCUUCUAUGCAGGGGGCCUGGCCCCGGGCUGGAACCUGCUAGUCCAGGGACACUCUGACUCUGGAGAGGACAAGUUUGAGAUCAACUUCCUGUCUGAGACAGGGGACAUCGUCUUCCACAUCAAGCCCCGGUUCUCCAGUGCCACCAUCGUGGCCAACACCUUCCAGGGCGGCCACUGGGGCCAGGAGGAGGUGUCCAAAAUCUUCCCGCUGGUGCUCGGGGAGCCCUUUGAGAUGGAGGUCAGCUCGGAUGCGGAGCACUUCCACGUCCACGCCCAGGAGCACAAGGUGCUGCAGUUCUCCCACCGCCACAGGCCGCUGGCCGCCAUCACCCGGGUGCAGGUGCUGAGUGACCACCGCCUGGCCCAGGUGGAGCUGGCCAGGAGAGGCCUGAGCUGGGGCUGGCCCAGGAGCCCCUUCCCGCCCCCUCCUGCAGGAGGCCUGGCCUUUUGUGUCAACCGGGAGGGGCUGGGGGCUGGUGGGCUGGUGGAUGGACAAAAGGUUCCCCUCCUGGUGAAACUCUGCCUCCCCAACAGCAGUGCAAGCUACGAAAUGGGGUUCAGGCAGCUACGGUCUCAGAAGGUCCUGCUGCAGGGGCUACGCACCAUGUGGUGGUCCCCGCACUUGGGAGAUGAGAACAAACCCAACCCCUCCCCUCCAUGCCUGAAGGCCUCGCACCUCCGGCUCCGUCUCUCCCCGUUUGUCCGCCUCCUUCCGACCCUGGAACACGCCGAGCCGUCUCUGCCCCAGGGCCUUUGCACUGGCACCUCCCCCAGACACUCUUCCCCAGCGCUCAGCCUGGCCGGUUCCUCCUCGUUACACAGGCCUCUCUCCCAGAUGCUGCCUCCUCAGAGGGACCUCUAG